UCAGGUUAUAAUGUGUUUAUGGUGUUGAGGCUGUGUUCAGGUUAUAAUGUGUUUAUGGUGUUGAGGCUGUGUUCAGGUUAUAAUGUGUUUAUGGUGUUGAGGCUGUGUUCAGGUUAUAAUGUGUUUAUGGUGUUGAGGCUGUGUUCAGGUUAUAAUGUGUUUAUGGUGUUGAGGCUGUGUUCAGGUUAUAAUGUGUUUAUGGUGUUGAGGCUGUGUUCAGGUUAUAAUGUGUUUAUGGUGUUGAGGCUGUGUUCAGGUUAUAAUGUGUUUAUGGUGUUGAGGCUGUGUUCAGGUUAUAAUGUGUUUAUGGUGUUGAGGCUGUGUUCAGGUUAUAAUGUGUUUAUGGUGUUGAGGCUGUGUUCAGGUUAUAAUGUGUUUAUGGUGUUGAGGCUGUGUUCAGGUUAUAAUGUGUUUAUGGUGUUGAGGCUGUGUUCAGGUUAUAAUGUGUUUAUGGUGUUGAGGCUGUGUUCAGGUUAUAAUGUGUUUAUGGUGUUGAGGCUGUGUUCAGGUUAUAAUGUGUUUAUGGUGUUGAGGCUGUGUUCAGGUUAUAAUGUGUUUAUGGUGUUGAGGCUGUGUUCAGGUUAUAAUGUGUUUAUGGUGUUGAGGCUGUGUUCAGGUUAUAAUGUGUUUAUGGUGUUGAGGCUGUGUUCAGGUUCUAAUGUGUUUAUGGUGUUGAGGCUGUGUUCAGGUUAUAAUGUGUUUAUGAGGAAAGACAUUCUUAACCUAAUACUCAGUGUCCCCUCAGGAGCAUUGGCCAUCCACAAUGGCUCUCCCCCUCACUCACUGAAGGAAGACAUCAGACAUGCACAUAUCUAG